GGAAGCGGGUGGGAUGAUGGCGGCGGUGCAGCGGGGCUCCAGCAAAUGGCUCUUCACCCGAGAACAGUUCGAGAACACGCCGUCCCGCCGCUGCGGAGUCGAGCCCGACCGCGAGCUCUCCUACCGACAGCAAGCCGCCAACCUGAUCCAGGACAUGGGACAGAGAUUAAACGUAUCCCAGCUUACGAUAAACACUGCAAUCGUCUAUAUGCACCGGUUUUACAUGCUUAAUUCCUUUACAAAAUUCCAUAGAAAUAUCAUUUCUCCCACCACACUAUUUUUGGCUGCUAAAGUGGAGGAGCAACCCAGAAAACUUGAACAUGUUAUUAAAGUAGCGCAUGCUUGCCUGAACCCUCACGACCCUCCUUUGGACUCCAAGAGCAGUGCAUAUCUCCAGCAGGCUCAGGAGCUGGUGCUGUUGGAGACUAUAGUGCUGCAGACACUCGGGUUUGAGAUAACAAUAGAGCAUCCACACACUGAUGUGGUGAGAUGUACCCAGCUAGUGCGAGCGAGCAAGGAUUUGGCCCAGACCUCCUAUUUCAUGGCUACCAACAGUCUACAUUUGACCACCUUCUGCCUGCAGCACAAACCCACAGUGGUGGCGUGUGUUUGUAUUCACCUGGCCUGCAAGUGGUCCAAUUGGGAGAUUCCCGUCUCUUCAGAUGGGAAACAUUGGUGGGAAUAUGUGGACCGGGCUGUGACUCUGCAACUGCUUGAUGACCUGACUCAUGAGUUUCUCCAGAUCCUGGAAAAAACACCAAGCAGAUUAAAAAGAAUCAGAAACUGGCGGGCCACACAAGCUGCCAAGAAACCAAAACUUGACAACCAAUCACUAGACGGCUCUUUCCAAUCUCUCAACCAGGACACCUCGUUGAUGAGUAGCAUGUGUGACCUGGGAGCGGGCAUGUAUUCUGACCCGUCCAACUCUUUCCCGUUGGAUGGUGCUUCACUGUCUCUUAAUGGCCUGUCGAACUUGCAGAGUUCUGCUUUCGGCUUUCCUGCACCAAUCUCUCAAACUGCCGAUGCUUUUCUUGCGCUCCAGACGGCUCCGACAAGCAAACAUGGACAUAGCUCUGCCACUCUGGCUCCUCAGAAACUCACUCUAGAGAAAUACCGUGAAAAGCAUGCGGCCGAAUUAGAACAGAGACGCAGACAUGAAGAAGAGGACAGUGAUCAACAUCGAAAGCAUGGCCAUUUGACAUCCGAGCCGUCUACAUCUAUCAAGCUGAAGUAUAAUCAACAGCAGGUACUGGAGCGACCGUCGAAGAGCGGGUCGCUCAAACGACGACACCCUUCCUCAUCAGAGAAUGGUUCUGCUAGUCAAGAAGAGCUAAAAAUGAAGAUCAAGGUAUCGUCUGACAGUAGCGGCAGUAGUAAGAGCCGUCACAGUCCGCGCUCCAGCAGGGAGAAACAUCGCGAACAUUCAUCCCACAAAACAGCGAGACACGAUUCGUCUCACUCGCAUGGUAGUCAUCACCACCACCACCAUCACCACCAUCAUUCAUCCAAAUCUCACAGAUCUUCCAAGAGCCACUCCUCCUCCGCCUCCAUAUCCGUCAAUCAAGCGAUAGGCCAACCCCAGUUGGCGAAGAUUGACAGGAGGAUGGGGGAGGGGCACGGUUCUGAGCCCAAUGCUGCUUUAAUAAAUAAUGGUCCACACAUGGAUUAUGAAGACACUUUUAAUAUGCUUGAUUCCCUAUUAAAUGCACAAAACUUCCAAAUUUAAAGGAAAAAAAUCUGACGUUUUUUACAUAAACCCUCAAAAAAACGUACGAUUGUCGUUCUCGUGCUAAUUUUAUGCAAGAAUCACUCGUUCGUUACAUGUCAUAGUCUCUUUAAUUGGUUUUAUCACUGAAGUUAAAGAAAAACUACAAGGUGAAGGUUGUGACGACGUUUUAGUUUGAGCAACAAUUGUGAAUUUACGACUUUAAACUUUCGUAGAGCUUGCUAAAAAGAGAUUGCGAAAAGCCUUCGGCGAUCUUGAAGUGUUUUAGUUGGAAAAGCGCAAUGUGAUAAAGUAUGUAUGUUCUUCAUGCUUGAUUGAUAUUUUUUCGUUUAUCAAAGGGAUGAAAAUAGAAACGUGUGACUGUUUACAAAAGGAAGGUGCAGAUAUCUGUUCACUGUUAUUUGUAUCGAUAUAUAUCUAUGUCUAAUUCUAUUUCACGAAUGCUCAGGUUUGUAGGUUCUUAAAGGUAAAAACUUCACGAAACUUCACAAAUUUUAGCUGGAAUUUCGCAAAAAUGCCUGUACACAAUUCCAUUAUAUAGCUUUCCAUAUAUUGUAAAUUUUAUUGUACUGUAAAGUAUCCGUUUUACAUUAUCCUUUGUUAGAAAGCCGCACCGAUGACAUCAAGGGUCUUUUUGCGUAGUAAUUAUGUCUUACAAUUUUUAAGACAUUUAUGCUUGUAAUUCGUUUUCUCUUUUUUGACCCUUUACAGUAGUGGAAAGCAAAAUGUCAUUUUUUUUCACUGAGAAAUUCUUUGUUUUGUUUCGUGUGCCAGGUUUGAACGGUCAAGAUCACGUCCCAGAAUUAUCAGCUGAUCUAUUUCUGUUCAUCAUGGUGUGCGUCGAGCCUUAAAACUGUAUGAUAGAGAUUUUAGCAGCCUGUGUGUGUAAAUGUCCCAUUUCCUAUGAUCUCAGUAUUUAAGAUUUGAUUUACGUUCCCAUCUUCUCUCCUCAUUGGCUGCUGAUUCUGAUUGGUUAAUAAGUGGGCUCCCAUUCAGAUCAAGCAGCAGUUAACUUAGUUUUCUGUCCGGUGCUCUUAAAACUGCAUUGGGACCAUUUUGAGGGUUUUGGAUGGAGGGUAAAGAGGAGAUUUUUCACUCUCUAGAUGUGGCCUAGACUCCUGUUGUGCUGUUAAAAAACCUCUCACCAGAUACCAAAGGUUUGUGCCUCAGUGUUUGCCCACCGUUGGAACUGUAUGAAACUUUUAGGUUUCUGUCUUUUAUUAUUUUAUUUUAUUGGAAUGCCACAGUUCUUUAUAAUAGUGUUAGAUCUGAGUCUGUAUGGAUGAUGUUUUGGAUUGUCUAAUAAACAUCCAAGAAAAUUGCGUAUCAAAA